CCAGUCUUGAUCGCGAUUAUAGGCUCGUAGAAAAUUGGAUACAAUAUACACAAUGCCUUCCAAAUUUUUAUAUGCUGGCCUGUUAGUCUCGCUACUAACAAGCGCGAUCGCCCAGAGCUCUGAGCAACACCCUCCACUCCCAACCUGGAAAUGUACCACUUCAGGGGGUUGCGUGCAGCAAAACACCUCUGUCGUGUUGGACAAGGAUUCUAAAUACGCUAAGGGUGCUGCUGGCUCAAGAACGGCCGAUGACUACGCUGCUAUGGGAGUUUCUACCUUGGAGGAUGCCGUAACUCUAUACCACUACGUUAAAUCGGGCAGCACGCUCAAUCCCGCGUCUCCGCGUAUCUACCUCAUCGACGAUGCUGGAAAGUACGUUAUGAUGGAGCUUCUCAACCAAGAGCUUUCUGUGGAUGUCGAUUAUUCGCAAGUCCCCUGCGGAGAGAACGGAGCUUUCUACCUCUCGGAAAUGAAGGCCGACGGCGGUGGUUCCUCAGGCGGCGCGGCAGCCGGUCAAGGUUACUGCGACGCCCAAUGCCAGGGCUACUGCUGCAAUGAGAUGGAUAUUCUCGAGGCCAAUGCGAAGGCCACGGCUAUGACGCCGCACCCUUGCAGCGGGAACGACUGCGACAAGUCUGGUUGCGGAUACAACCCGUAUGCGAGUGGCCAGCGUAACUUCUGGGCUACCGGAGGUACUGUCGACACGAACAAGAAAUUCACGGUUGUAACGCAAUUUGUCGGCAGCGGCACUUUGACGCAAAUCAACCGUCAAUACAUCCAGGACGGAAAGCAGAUAAACGGCGGUUCGAUCUCGAGCUGCGGUGGUUUCGGUGGUCUUCCCGGUAUGGGCCAGGCUCUGGGACGAGGAAUGGUAUUGGCGAUUAGUAUCUGGAAUGAUGCUACUCAACAGAUGGGUUGGCUUGACGCUGGCAACAAUGGACCUUGCAACACUGCUGAAAGCACUCCUUCCGCUAUUCAGUCUCAGCACCCCGACACACAUGUCAUCUUUUCGAACAUUCGAUGGGGUGAUAUCGGAUCUACCACGAAGGGUUGAACUGGUUUUUGCUCCUUGAGGAUAUUAUCAUAGCUAUAUGAGCUGUGACGAAUCAAAACACAAAUCUGAAGUAUUGAAUUGAAGUCAUAUUAUUUUUGAAUCAUUACUUCCUGCCCAAUCAUGUGAUUAAUGACAAAUGCUACUUGUGAAAAAGAAAAUUUUCCAAAGAAAAACCUCAUUCAGGUCUAUCUAGUGAGGAAAGGGGUAUGCUUAUAGGUUUGUUCGUAUCUGUGGAGACAGUGAAAAAGGGGGGUGGCCGAAGCACGUAAAGUUUGUAUAUAUCAGCCCUAAGCCCCACAGUUCC